AAGCAUGCCUCUGAGGGUAGUGACACACACAAUAAAAACAAACUUCCCUGGACAGUGAGAUCCAUCAGACCUAACAGUUAACUGCUGGUAAGAGCUUGUACUCUCAAAAUGACUUCACGAGCUAUGCAGUUCACAACUUUACAUUUUAAAAGUUUGGCUAACAUGCAGAAAAUUAUCAUCAGAGAAGCAAGUGCAGCCACCACUUCUAGGAAAUCAACACAGUUAAAGAAUCUCCUGCAGUCUUCAGAGUUAUCAUUUCUUAUGGAAGCUCAUUCAGGUCUAAGCGCACGCAUUGUGGAAGAAACAGGCUUUUCAGGAAUAUGGGGAAGUGGACUUUCGAUUUCUGCACAGCUUGGUGUAAGGGACAGCAAUGAAGCUUCUUGGACACAGAUUCUAGAUGUUGUAGAGUUCAUGGCUGAUGCUACUAGUAUUCCUAUUCUUCUUGAUGCAGAUACAGGAUAUGGAAAUUUCAAUAAUGCAAGGCGAUUGGUCCGUAAACUUGAAGAAAGGGGAGUUGCAGGCUGUUGCAUCGAAGAUAAAUGUUUUCCAAAAACAAAUUCAUUACUUGAUGGAAGACAACAACCACUGGCAGAUGUGGAAGAAUUUGCUUUGAAAAUUAAGGCCUGCAAGGACCACCAAAAGGAUCCAGAUUUCUGUGUUGUGGCAAGAGUUGAAGCAUUUAUUGCUGGAUGGGGACUUGAUGAAGCACUGCAAAGAGCUGAAGCCUACAAGGAAGCAGGAGCGGAUGCCAUUCUCAUUCAUAGCAAAAAGACUGAUCCCUCUGAUAUAGAAGCGUUCAUGAAGAAAUGGCAAAACAAGGGUCCUGUUGUAAUUGUACCAACCAAAUACUAUACAACCCCAACAAAGAAGUUUGAAGAAAUGGGAAUCUCAACAGUAAUAUGGGCUAACCAUAAUUUGAGGGCAUCAGUGCAAGCAAUGCAAACUACUAGCAAACAAAUUUUUGAAGAAAAAUCACUGGCUGGUGUGGAAAAGAAGAUUGUUCCAGUCAAAGAAGUGUUCAGACUACAGCACGACAGUGAACUAAAAGCUGCUGAAGAUCGUUACCUGCCAAAGAAAUAGGUUCAAACAAUACUUACGUAAAAAAUUAAGUGUGCAAUAAAGAAAAUGAUACAAGUCAAACUCA